AACACCGAUCUUCAUUUAUUUUCCCGCUUUAGAGCCCGGCAAAACGGGCGCCAUAAAUUCAUCUAAAAUGGACUCUUCGGUGAUAUUGCCGAGAGACAGAUGUCGCUGGAGUAGCUGUCGCUACAGUGUGUUCGCGCACGAUUGUUUCGAGUGCAGCGCUAACCACUCUGUGAUCAUUCCGCCCGCAGAAUCGCCAAAAAUAUGCAAAAAUAUGAGAAGCUCGAGAAAAUAGGAGAAGGGUGUACCAUCGUCCGCGCUCAGAGAGAUUUGUCUGUUGAAAGAGUUGAAACAUAAGAAUGUCGUGAGGUUGUACGACGUGUUGCACAGCGAUAAAAAGUUGACCCUGGUGUUCGAGCACUGCGACCAAGAUCUGAAAAAGUAUUUCGACAGUCUGAACGGGGAGAUUGAUCUGGACGUGGUGAAGUCCUUUCUAACGGCGAGUUGAAGCUGGCGGAUUUCGGACUGGCCAGAGCAUUCGGAAUCCCGGUGAAAUGCUACUCGGCGGAAGUCGUAACGUUAUGGUACCGUCCACCGGACGUUCUCUUUGGGGCAAAGUUGUACACAACGUCCAUCGACAUGUGGAGCGCCGGUUGUAUAUUUGCUGAGCUAGCAAACGCCGGUAGGCCGUUGUUUCCCGGUUCGGACGUGGACGAUCAAUUGAAGAGAAUAUUCAAAAUGUUGGGUACGCCGACCGAGGAGACGUGGCAGGAUUUUACCACUCUCCCCGACUACAAACCCUUUCCGCUUUAUCAUCCUGCUCAGGGAUUGGCUCAAGUUACGCCGAAACUUAAUUCCAGAGGCAGAGACUUGCUGCAGAGGUUACUGGUGUGCAAUCCAGCGUUACGGUUGUCGGCGGACGAAGCAAUGGCGCAUCCCUACUUCAACGAUUUGAACCCUGCCAUUAAAAACGAUCGUUGUCAGUAGUGGAACGCCGCUGGAACCGAUUCCAUCUACAGCGUAUCACCGCUGACAGUGUAACGACCAAAAUCAAGCCGGCAAUGAUCGUUUGUUAAUAAGCGACGCGUUGGAAAAUUUUAUAUAUAUAUAAAUUUAUACAUGU